AUGGGGUAUCAGUUCUCCGUGACGAAGGCUAUUCAAAAUGUGCUUUCCCAAACGAGCCUCCACGGAGUGUUUCAUCUGGCCAACAAGCAGAGCACCUACUUCGAAAAGGUUUUGUGGUUGGUGAUCAUCUGUCUCUCGUUAACUGCCGGGUGCUACACCGUCGGCAUGUUCUGGGUUCGGUAUUGGACCAAUCCGACGAUGAUCGCACUGGAUCGGGAUUAUCAUCUCUGGAACACGACGUUUCCCAGCCUCACCGUGUGUUUCCAAAAGCGCCUCAAUGAACGGGCACGUGAUGAGCUUGUCGCCAACAUUGACCCUGCUCUCGCGAGUCGAUAUUCAGAGUUUCUGGAGACACUACUCGACAGCGACAUCGAACACGUGGGAGCAUUGGCCGAGUACGACGAGUUUGAAGGCGUUGAUUUGAAGGAGCUGCUGAACGAGAUCACCGAUCGCCCCAGUGCCAUCAUUACGCUCGAUGGUGAUGUGCAAGGACUGUUGCUACGAACUAUGACGGAGAUGGGCAUCUGCUACACGUUCAAUUCGGCCAUCGGAAGAUACAUGAGCGUGGAUAAGUACGACGGUAACUCGGAGCUGUACCAGGUGAGCGUGUUCGAUGGAGAAUCUUCAGCUACCAUCUCCAACUGCUCUUCGAAUGCCAAUGUAAGAUCCUGCGACUACUACUCAUACGAUUUGUGUCUACUGGAGUGCAAAUUUUAUCUAUUCCUGAAACAUUGCGACUGCAUUCCUUACUUCUACAACAUACAAGAUCGAACCACCAAGUACUGCAAACUAACUCAACUCGGUUGUAUCGAGCUAUACCAAAGCUACAUUUCCUUCUUAACGGCGGACGAGCUAAGAGAAAUCUUCGGUGCCUGUAAAUGCGUGAAAAAUUGUGACGAUGUUACCUUCACGCUGCAGCAAUUCGAAUCCACGUUUUGGUUUAACGAUCCCGUCAUUAAGUGGAGCACCCGCAUUCCAAAGAUCCGCUACAGUCGAAGAAUCAUCUACGAUUUUAUCGAUGCGCUAGCUUCCUCCAGUACAAAGUUUCUGUAG